AUGAUUAAUGGCUUGGUUUUUUUAAAAAAAGGUGAUGUCAUUUUAAGUACACCAAAAACGUAUGCAGUUUUAACAAAUUUGAAAGUAACUCCUGAUAAUAAUAUUAGUACUGAGGAUAGAUAUUGCAAAAUGAAGAGAAAAGCUUUAGAUUUUAGCAGUGAUGACAAUUUAGACAGUGAAGAUGAAUGGAAACCUAAUAAUAAUCACAAAUCAUCGGACUCUGAAGAAAAUGACAAUUAUCUAUCUGAAAAUAUUAUGACGAAGGAAAGUGAAAAUAUUGUAGAACAGGAAUUUGAAGAUAUAGAAAUUGAAAAAGAACAAGAAAUUGAAGUUGAAACGGAAGAGGAUAAUAAUUUAGUGAGGUGGAGACGAGGGCAGCCUGAGAAAUGGAAAAGAAAUGUUGCUGUAAAAAAAAGAAAAUUAUCUAAAAAACCAUUAGCGAUAGAUUGUUCUAAAUGUAAGUUUAAAUGUUCGAUAAGUUUCAAUGAGGAUUAUAGAGUUCAAUUAUGCAGGGAAUAUUGGUCACUUGAUUAUGCACAGCAAAAAAAUUUCAUUUUGUCUCGUGUAUCCCAAUAUUCUGUUAAACGACAUGUUCCUAUAACAGGUUCGAGAAUCGCUAAACAAACAUCUAAAAAUUAUAAUUUUUUGAAUGACAAUACUCCAAUUCGUGUUUGCAAACCAUUUUUUUUAAAAACCCUUUCUAUUAGUCAUGGGCCGGUUGAUAAAGCUUUUGAAAGUUAUAAUGAAAAAACCGGAAUUCAUAUUCACACAGACAAUAGAGGAAAGAAGGAACCAGUAAAUAAAAAAAGUUCUGAAACUAUAAAUUCAAUAAAAAAUCAUAUAGAAAAGUUCCCAACUGUUGAAUCUCACUAUUGCCGUUCAAAUACAAAACGGCAGUAUUUAGAUCCAACUCUUUCAAUUUCAAAAAUGCAUGAGUUGUACAUUCAUGAAUCAACCGAAAAAGGAAAUGAACCUGUAUCUUUAACUACCUACCGCACUAUAUUUUCCGAAAAUUAUAAUUUGGAUUUUUUUAAACCUAAAAAAGAUCAAUGUUUGUCAUGUGAAAAAUUUAAAAACGCUGAAAAACCUAUUCAAGAAGAUAUUGCAACCAAUUAUGAAAAUCAUAUUAGGAGAAAAGACGAGUCAUUCGCUGCAAAAAAUUUAGACAAGGAACGUGCCAUUCUGAAUGAAAAUGUUUGCAGUGCAACUUUUGAUUUGCAAAGCGUACUUCAAAUUCCGUCGUCAGAGGUAUCGUCUAUGUAUUAUAGCAGAAAAUUAUGCACUUAUAAUCUUACAGUAUAUGAAGCUGCUCCGCCGAACAAAGCAUUUUGCUAUUUAUGGACUGAACUUGAAGGGCAACGGGGUAGUUCAGAAAUCGGUUCAGCCUUGUUAAAAUGGAUAAAUCAACUUCCACAAAAUGUUAAUGAGAUAUCAUUAUAUUCAGAUACGUGUAGUGGCCAGAACCGAAAUCAAUAUAUUGCAGCGUUGUUUUUGUUUGUUGUAAAUAAUUCACAAAAUAUAAAUAUAUUGACACAUAAUUUUAUGGAGAGCGGCCACUCUUAUAUGGAGGUCGACAGUAUGCAUAGUGCCAUAGAAAAUGCAAAAAAAAAUGUACCGGUUUAUACUAUUCAUGAUUGGUUGACCAUUUGUCGCUUAGCCAGAUCAAAUAGGCGUAAAAAGUCUUCUUCACCUUACUCCGCCCAAGAGUUAAAAUACACUGAUUUUAUGGACUUGCGAAGUUUAGCAGGAACAAUAAUGAAAAAUCGGUCGGUCGAUGAAAAUAGUGAAAAAGUUAAUUGGUUAAAAAUAAAAGUCAUGAGAUACGAAAAGUCAAACCCAUCAGCCAUAAAAUUUAAAUAUAAUUAUUCAGACGAGGAAUUCAAAAUAAUAAGAGUUGGUGGGAGAGGUAGACCACCAAAAUGCCCACAAACAUUAAAACAAUUAUACACAAAACAAAUACCAAUAUCCGAUGCGAAAAAAAAAGAUCUAUUAAAGUUGUGCAAUACCGAAGCAAUUCCAAAAGAAUUCCAUGAAUGGUACAAAAAUAUUCCUAGUUGUACAAAAAAUAAAGAUGCCAAUAUUAUAAUAACUGAAUUUGAAGACCAAUCAGAGUAA